ACCAAGCCCGAGAGCAAAGGCACAGCCGAGGGUGGGGAAGUCCUGAGACAUUCCCGGGUACUCGCUUGGCGGCGGCGAAGUUUACGACCUCCCCAAAAUGCCGUCUCAAAUGGAACACGCCAUGGAAACCAUGAUGUUCACGUUUCAUAAGUUUGCUGGGGAUAAAGGCUACUUAACAAAGGAGGACCUAAGAGUACUCAUGGAAAAGGAGUUCCCUGGAUUUUUGGAAAAUCAAAAAGACCCUCUGGCUGUAGACAAGAUAAUGAAGGACCUGGACCAGUGCCGAGACGGCAGAGUUGGCUUCCAGAGCUUCUUUUCGCUAAUUGCUGGGCUCACCAUCGCAUGCAAUGACUAUUUCGUAGUACACAUGAAGCAGAAGGGAAGGAAGUGAGCAGCUACUUUGCCCUGAUAGGAGUUCUCCCAAUGGGUCCCUUAAGGAAUAUGUGCCCCACAGCUUCCCUCUGUAUAAGAAUUUCAUGAGCAGAUUGGGACUCUUAAAAAAAUGUACAAAUAAAAUCCCACCCCCAUUGAACAAGGGAAAGAAAAGCCAAUAAAGCCAGAUAAGCUUUUGAUUUUUAUAUUGCUUGUAUCCUCUUGCCCCCCAAUAAACAAGUUUUUUUUUAGUUCCUAA